UUCCCCUUCUCCCAACAGUCCACUCUUAGCAGAACCAUGAGCAGCAACCUCUCCCAACCGGCUUUGCAGCUUUGCUAUGAGAAUGUGAACGGGUCCUGCAGUAAGACUCCCUACUCUGCUGGCUGCCUGGUGAUGCUGUAUGCAGCCUUUGGCUCUGGGGCUGUGCUGUUUGGAAACCUCCUGGUGAUAAUCUCAGUCCUCCAUUUCAAGCAGCUGCACUCUCCAGCCAACUUCCUGAUCGACCCUCUGGCCUGCGCUGACUUCUUGGUGGGAGUCACCGUGAUGCCCUUCAGCAUGGUCAGGUCCGUGGAGAGCUGCUGGUACUUUGGAGCUAAGUUUUGUACCAUUCACAGCUGUUGUGACGUGGCAUUCUGCUACUCUUCUCUCUUCCACCUGUGCUUCAUCUCCAUGCACAGGCACAUGGCUGUUACUGACCCCCUGGUCUGUCCCACCAAGUUCACAGUGUCUGUGUCAGACAUUUGCAUUGCUGUCUCCUGGAUUCUGCCCAUCCUGUAUAGUGGUGCCGUGUUCUACACAGGUGUCAAUGAUGAUGGGAUGAGAAGUUUAGUAAGUGUUUUCAACUGUGUAGGGGGUUGUCAAAUAGUUGUCAACCAAACUUGGGUUUUGAUAAACUUUCUGUUAUUCUUCAUACCUACCCCUGUUAUGAUAGUCCUUUACAGUAAAAUUUUUUGGGUAGCCAAACAACAAGCUAUAAAAAUUGAAAGUACUAGGGGUCCUUCCUCAGAGUCAUCUUCAGAGAGUCACAAAGCCCGAGUAGCCAAGAGACAGAGAAAAGCUACCAAAACCCUGGGGAUCGCGGUGGUAGCAUUUAAUAUUUGCUGGUUACCAUAUACAGUGGACACAUUAAUCGAUGCUUUUAUGGGGCUCAUUACACCUGCCUAUAUUUAUGAGAUUUGCUGUUGGGGUGCAUGUUAUAACUCAGCCAUGAAUCCCUUGAUUUAUGCUUUAUUUUAUCCUUGGCUUAGGAAAGUCAUAAAACUUAUUUUAAGUGGGGAAAUUUUAAAGCAUAGUUCAUCAACUGCAAGUUUAUUUUAA